CGCCGGGCCGGGCAGGGCCGCGGCCAUGGCCACGGCGGAGGGUGCGGCGCUGCGGGCCGUCCGGGGCUGCCUGGCCGCCUUCCCGCGGGAGGCCCGCGAGCUGGGGUGGACAGAUUCCGUACCCUAUCUUGAUGGGCCUCCAUCCCCGCUGGAGUUUUAUCGAGAAUGGGUGAGUCCAAAUAAACCUUGUAUAAUUCAGAAUGCCAUCAGCCACUGGCCAGCUCUGAAGAAAUGGACCUCAGCAUACCUCAGGGAGGUGGUAGGUCCCAAGGUAGUGAGUGUGGCAGUAACACCAAAUGGUUACGCGGAUGCGGUGUUUCAGGACCGUUUUGUCAUGCCAGAGGAGCGCCAGAUGCCUUUCAUGGACUUUUUGGACAUUGUGGAGAAGAAAGUGACCUCUCCCAACGUAUUUUAUGUGCAGAAGCAGUGUUCAAACCUCACCGAGGAGUUCCCUGAGCUUGUCUGUGAUGUGCAGCCUGACAUACCGUGGAUGAGUGAGGCACUUGGGAGGAAACCUGAUGCUGUGAAUUUCUGGCUUGGGGAAUCAGCUGCUGUGACAUCUUUACAUAAAGAUCAUUAUGAGAACUUGUACUGUGUGAUCUCUGGAGAGAAACAUUUUCUACUGCAUCCACCGAGUGACCGUCCCUUCAUCCCAUAUGAGCUCUAUCAGCCAGCAACCUACCAGGUAUCAGAAGAUGGUUCUUUUGAAAUUGUGGAUGAGAAGAGUGCAGAUAAGGUGCCCUGGAUCCCCUUGGAUCCAUUGAACCCAAAUCUGGAACGGUUUCCAGAGUAUGCUCAGGCAAAACCUUUGCAGUGUACAGUGAAAGCUGGUGAGAUGUUAUACCUGCCUUCUCUUUGGUUCCAUCAUGUUCAGCAAUCACAUGGCUGCAUAGCAGUGAAUUAUUGGUAUGACAUGGAAUAUGACCUCAAGUACAGCUAUUACCAACUACUAGAUUGUCUCGCCAAAGCUGUGGAAGUGUUAUAGCAGAGGUGGGAGACUCAAGCUUUUGGUCUCUCUUCUGGCGUGUGUGAUACAAUCAUCAGCAUCUAUGACUGAGCUACAAACAUGAUUCAAGUAAAAAGAACUGAACGUUAUUAUCCACAGCAAUGUCUGUGAAACAGAUCAUGGCUAUUUUACUUGAUUUCAGAGUCCAAAUCAAUCGACCACAUUUUUUAACUAGUAAGUAGAAGGUUUGAUAAUAGCAUUUUUAGGUAUUUGCAUGAUGCCUUAGUGACGGUGGGCAAAAUAAAAUUUGAAGGAAGGGAAUCCAGGGUUUGGAAAUCCCAAAGCAGAAGUCAUGACUGUUUGUUCAGAUCUACAGACUGUUUUCAUGACAACCCAAGUGGGCAAGGAAGAAUCUGCUCUGCCACCCACCUGUGCAUCAGGCUGCAUCAGUCCUACAUAUGCAUUCAGCUUAAGGCGAAAGGCCUGUCCAGUUGUAAUGCACUGAAUUCAGUGGCUGUGGUGUUUUCAUGGUGAGAAAUUACAACUUCUGCAAUAAAAGGUCAGUUUAAAAGCUUA